UUUCUUUCUUUCUUUCUUCUCCCCCCCCAUCUCUGCGUCCCUCUCCACUCCAUCCUUCCCCCCUCCCAACCUUUCUGUGCUGUGCUCUCAGGGGGAUGUCAGCACUGCUGCAGCAUCACUAACAGGCUCAUCCAGAAGGUUGGGAAAGAGGGAGAGGCGGAAGGGGGGAGAAAAAGCUGAAUGAAUGGGCAUCGCACUAGUGAUCAUUAUGGGGAGAACGGCGGCUGUUGCACAGAGAGGCGGAUUUUUUUGAAGGAGGAGCAAAAGUGUGUGUGUGUGUGAGUGUGUGUAUUGAUAGUGGUGGUGGUAGGGAGGACAGAAGACAAGGAGAGGAACAGAAGAGUUGCCACAAUAAUUCACACCGGUCUUCAUCACAAAGCUUUCUUUGGACAACUACGCCAUGGCAAGAAGGUAGUGUCAGCACAUGGGUAGCCGUCUCUUCCACUGAUGCCCCAGAUUGACGAGAUUUUCAGCCUACUCCUGUGUACCAAUCACUGACAAACUGUGCUUUCUCGUACACAAUUUCCAUGUGGGAAGCAACUUGAUCAGAAGCACACCUUAAAAGCAGGAUCUUUCAUGAAGGGAAACUGAACUCCUGGAUGAUUGAUUUGAUAAAAAACUUCCCAGUCAAGCUACAGUGACCAGGAACAGAGUGGAUAUAUCCUCCGUGCCAUCUUACAGAAGCAAUGCUCUAGGAUACCUCAGCACCAUGAAGGGGUUAGGAGAUAACCGAAGUCGCCAUCUAUCUGAUAACCUGGACUCUCCUCAAGACUCACUCUAUGCCACUCAAGAUAGGAAUCCUUAUCUUCUUAGUCCCACAGAUUCCUAUUCAAUGGACCCUCGGUUUUCAACACCCAACUCUCUCCAUAGUGACUGCCUACUUCCACUCAACAACCAGAUUUCUAACAGCAGUACAUUUCCACGUAUUCAUUACAACUCUCACUUUGAGGUUCCUGAUGAGAACCCCUUUCCAAGUCAUGCCCAAGCCACCAAAAUUAACAGACUCCCUGCCAACCUACUAGACCAAUUUGAAAAACAACUGCCCAUCCACAGAGAUGGUUUUAGCACCCUCCAGUUCCAGAGAAGUUCAGAUGCCAAACACCGGAAUGAAAACCCUGGGAGAAUACGGCACUUGGUUCAUUCAGUCCAAAAACUUUUCGCUAAGUCACAGUCCUUGGAAGGUGCUUCUAAAGGCAGUGUGAAUGGCAAGAAAGGCACUGAGGACUCAAAACCAAACCGGAGAAGCAAGAGUAAAGACCGUGCAAAAACCACAGAGACUAAACGCAGGACGAGAUCCAACAUAUCAGGCUGGUGGAGCUCAGAUGACAAUCUAGACAGUGACACCUGCAACUAUCGUAACCCUAUGGGCCUCAUGACCCUUGGCAGGCAGCCUGAUCACAGCCAGCCUAAAUACUUUAUGCAUGCUUACAACACAAUCAGUGAACAUAUGCUGAAAUCCUCCAAGAGCAAUAAUGACCUCAAGAUCACCACUUGCACCAACAUCCCCAUCAACAGUGAGUCAAACUAUAUCAAAAGAGGGUCCUGGUCCACGCUCACACUCAGCCAUGCCCGAGAAAUGUGCCAAAAGGCUUCAGCUACCAUCGACAGAGCGCUGUUGAAAUCUAAAUCUUGCCAUCAAGAUUUAGCGUAUCAGUACUUGCAGGUGCCUCAGGGAGACUGGAAUAAUAUGCUGACUAGGGACAAAGACAAUGAAAUUCCAUGCCGGCGCAUGAGAAGCGGGAGUUAUAUCAAAGCCAUGGGUGAUGAUGACAGUGAGGACUCGGAAACCAGCCCCAAGCCAUCUCCUAAAACUGCAGCACGGAGGCAAAGUUACCUCAAGGCCACUCAACAGUCACUGGGCGAGCAGAGCACCACUCAAAGAAGCCUGGAUCGCCUUGACUCUGUUGAGAUCCUUUUACCACCAAAAUUUCCAAGCUGGGAGGAAGAAUACAAUCAAAUCUCAGAAAACCUGGACGAGUCCAGUUGCAUCAAUCAGAUAUUUGGACAAUCCUCAUUUAUUCCACAGAUAUUUACACAAGAAGAUCAGGCAACAGAAGAAGAGCUGAUUGAUCAAUAUGAAGGUAUGUGUGAAUCGGCUUACAGUGAAGCAGAAUCAGCUGCUGUGGAAGUAUUGGACCUGCCUCUUCCCAGCUACUUCCGUUCCCGGAGCCACAGCUACCUCCGAGCUAUCCAGGCAGGUUGCUCCCAAGAAGAGGACACAGUUUCUGUUCAGUCCCUCUCACCACCCCCAGCCAGCACCAUCAGUGGCAGCCAGACACUUCCCAGCAACAACAGUUCGGCAUGCCUAGUGGGCUAUAAAAAGACACCACCACCAGUCCCACCUCGGACCACCUCAAAGCCAUUCAUCUCUGUCACAGUGCAGAGCAGCACUGAAUCGGCACAGGACAACUACCUGGACAACCAGGACCAAAAGAGUGAAGUCAACAGCCAGUCGGGACUGAGCAAUUCCUCAGAUAGCUUAGACAGUAAUAGGCCACCUAGCGUAACGAGAGGAAACAUCACCACUCCAGCCAAUGAGCCUCCUGAGUUACCCCAGAAAAAUGCAUCCUUGAAGAGCGACAAAGGAACGUUGACUAACGAAGAGCCAAAGGUGGAGAACAUUCCCAAAAGGAAGCUGUCAUCUAUAGGAAUACAAGUUGACUGCCUUCAACCAGUGGCAAAAGAGGAGCUCCCUCCAUCAGCCACCAAAUUCCAGUCCAUCGGGGUACAGGUAGAGGACGAGUGGCGCAACAGCCACUCUCACAGCAUGUCCAACAAACAGGAUACAGAUUCUGACUCUCAAGAGCUGAAUAAUUCUACCUGUAAAUCAACUGAAAGAAACCUUGCUGAUUGUUCCCCCUGCAACAACUCCAAUAACCUUGAUGCUAACACGAGGCAAGCAGCCAUGCCCUCUGAGAGCAAGAAAACCCUCUCCUAUGGAGAUAGCAAUGACCCAGCCCUGGAACCUUCCUCUCUCCCUCCUCCUGAUCCUUGGCUUGAAACAUCCACCAACACUCCAUCAGAACCAACACAGCCGGGAGCUUGCCGAAGGGAUGGGUACUGGUUUCAGAAGCUACUGCAGGCAGAGACGGAAAGGUUGGAAGGGUGGUGUCGACAGAUGGACCAAGAGACUAAAGAGAAUAAUCUCUCUGAAGAAGUCUUAGGCAAAGUCCUCAGUGCAGUGGGCAGUGCACAACUACUAAUGUCACAGAAAUUCCAGCAAUUCCGUGGCCUCUGUGACCAAAACUUGAACCCCAAUUCCAAUCCUAGGCCCACAGCACAGGACCUUGCUGGGUUUUGGGAUCUCUUACAGUUGUCCAUUGAAGACAUCAGCAUGAAAUUUGAUGAGCUGUACCACCUGAAAGCUAAUGGUUGGCAGGUGACGGAGCCAUUGGAGAAGAAGGAAGAAAAGAAACCACCCCCUCCUGUUCCAAAGAAGCCAGCUAAACCGAAAUCUCAGCUAAACCGGGAUAAGGCAUCUGACUCGGUGGACAAGCAGCGCCAGGAAGCUCGCAAACGCCUCAUGGCAGCCAAGCGUGCUGCCUCCGUUCGACAAAACUCUGCCACUGAGAGUGCGGACAGCAUUGAAAUCUACGUUCCUGAGGCACAGACCCGUCUUUGAGCAAAGGGAAGAGGAAGAAAACACUUUUUUUUUUCACACCACUAAAAGAGGAAAAGGAAAAAAAAAAUGGGUUCACUAAAACAGUAGUGUGAUUUCUUUGAUCUAGAGACACCAGAGCCAACCCUGCCAAGGGCUCCCAAUUAGACCUCUCCUGGUUCUGUGCUUUGGUUUUUCUCCUUCCCAUCUUUCACGCUGGCUGUGGUGUGGCUGAACAAACUUUUGGAAACACAGUCCUUUACACUUGGAACUGCAACCUUUUUACUUGUCAAUCUGAGGAGAAUUAUUAGCUUGUUUACAUGAAAUGGACUAAAUUGAAACAAACAAACUCCCCCCCCCCCCGCCUUCAGCACUUGCCAUGCUGUGCUUCCCCCCACCCCAAAUCCUUUGGCUAUUUGUUCUGUCUUCUACCCCCAGAGAAUCUCUUUCUCUCCACCCUCACUGUUUUUCUUGUAUUUUAUAGCUGUUCUCCUCUUUGCCAUCCUUUUCUCUGCAUGGCAUCAUUUACUGUAUUAGAAGUAAACUCUUCUACAGUGCUGCAGAAGAAAACACCGUUCAGCGUGUACUCUUGCACUCUGCUAGUCAGCAGUCUUCAGUUUUCUUACCUAUUAUUUCCUUUAUAGAUGGGAUGGGAGUGGGUGACCAGGGCUGGGUUGGGUUGGGGGAGGCAGUAAGGCUUUAGGGUUAAUAUAUCUUGUAGUCCAAUGAUGUAAACAGAGGGCACAUUCUGUGAAAUAUAACAGUGUGUUUUGUUGUAAUAGCCUGGAAGCAAAAAAAAAAAAAAUAGUGCAAUAAGAGAAGUGUUUUGUCUGCACACUCCCAUGAAUAGUGCUGCAAAAGGAGGAUUUCCCAUCCAGGGCACCUGAAAGAAACACAGCAAGGUGGAUUCACAUGUUGCCGCACACACUUUUCUUUUUUUUCCUGCACUCUCUUCCCUUUUGCAAUUUUUUGUAUGUGAUUUUGUGUGCAAGGAUCAAUGUAUAAGAAACCAGCUGCUAUACAAAGGGUAGGGGAAAACUGUUUCAAAGUUGUACUUAAUACGUUCUAUGGUGAAAGACAAUGGUUUUUGUACUGAAAAAAAAAAAUGAGGUAGAUAUUGGAUGGUUGGCAAGUUGCCUGCCUGUAUGUAUGUGUACAUAUGCACAUAAUACACUUAGUAGGCUAUGUAAAUUUAAUACAUACCAAUGCAUACAUAGCUAAUCACACAUGUACACAUUCAGAUGGUGUCUUUAAAAAAGCACCUCCAAGAGGAUGGGUGUAUGUAUAGCAUAUAUUUUUACAUGUACUAUAGCUAGAUGUGUGUAAAAGUGUGUGCAAAAAUAUAUACCCUGCAUAUUCUCUCAGCUAUUCUGGCCCCUUCUGUCUCAUAUUUUUGGAGGAACUAUCAUGAAAUUUCAUUUGACUUUCCUCUUUCCCUCUGCACACCUAUUUUGAACUAAUCAAUGAAGCCAGGAAUCAAACAGCCAAAUCUAAGUUUCUCCUCUGCCCUCCACACCACCCUGUUUUCCACUUCUACACUUCUCAGAAAGCUGUGCACUGUAUUUGGGGAGACUUGAGAAAAGGUAUUCGAUGAAUAGCCUGAGGUGACCAGAACCCAAAAGAAUUUUUUUACUGGUACAUUAAUGAAAAUCAUGUCAGUGAAUGCUGUAUAUGGUGUCUAUGCAUAGGGAGUGUUAGAUUCUUACCUGCCCACUUAAUGUAUAAUUUUGUAAUCUGUGAAAGCUUGACCAUAUAGAGUAUGGCUUCAAAAGAGACUUGAUUUAUUCGAUUUUCCUCUCCCUCUCCAAUAACUUUACUUUGAUGCUGGAGGGUGCUUGAUCAACUUUUGAAACUAGUGGCUGACUUUCACAGUUCUUCCUAUUAAAAUUUGAAACGCUUGGAAUGUGACUUUUUUUACUUGCAUUUCCAAAAGCAGCAAUGUCAGUAAUUAGGGCAGGUGUUUGAUGGAUUCCGUUUCAUGGUAUAUGUUUCCGCGUGCAGUUUGUCAGUGGGAUUAAAUCUUAAAUGUAUGUAAUUCAGCAAAACAGGUCUCCCAGUUUUAGAGAAGUGUUUGCUUCCACAAUUACACAAUUACCUUGAAAAAAGAUAGACAUGCUUUUCUCUGGUAUAUGUACUUACAUGCUAUAUACACAGAAUAUAUUUGUCCAUUUUACAUCUUAGGCAUAUUUAUAAAGGGGCAUUUUUAGCUGAUGUGCACCCCUGUGUGAAUUGGCAUCGUUAGUUUGUUGCAAUAAAAAUAGUAAAGAUCAAGGGUUCUGAAACAGUCCUGAAAAACACUUGGGGUCCUGAACACAAGGACUUGUCUUCAGCAUGCCUCCAGCAUUGCUAACCACACUUGGGAGGUAAUUAUGGGCUUUGAUGGAAAAAAGAUCAAAGCAAGAGCAGUCAGCUGGUUUUCAAAACAAGAAAGUCAGCAGCUUUGCUUCAAACUCACAGCACUGAUCUUUCUCCCCCAAUGUUUUCUUUUAAAGGCCUACUUGAUAGUAACUACUUUUGGAUCCUCAAAAGAGCACUGAAAAUAGUUUCCAUAGGUGGCACUUGCAUGAAAUGACACAUUUGCUGAAGUAUACAUACUUCAGGAAUUGAAAUAUUGUGGUCACCUUUGCUUCUGUAUCCUCCAAUUGUACCAUAGGAUUCUUCACAAAACUUAACUUAUUCUAUCUACAAACCCAUACUAGCGAUAAAGUAGCCUCUCUCUGAUCCAAAUCUUGCGUCUGGGGAUGACAUAGCUUCUUUUCAAAACAUAUGUAAAGCAGUGUUUCUUAACCCUGACAAUUUUAACAUGGAUUUUAACUCCCAGAAUACUCUACCCAAAAUUCUGGAGUUGAACUCCACACAUCUUGGAGUUCCUAAGAGUGAGAAAGACAUUUUAUUUGUGCCUUUCUGGGCCCUGAAUGUUUUGGGAUGACUUAAAUGGAAUUGGAAAACUGCAUUCAUAUAAUGGAAAUACAUCCAAUAUCUACUCUUGAUAGCAUUCACUGGAUCUUGUUCUGAUCCCUUAAAAUCUAAUAAUGUAAUUCAGCCUAUAAACAGACUGAAUUUAUAAAAUGGGCCAAAUCUGACUUCUCUUAUGUGAUUCAAGGAAAUACCCAAUAGAUUUAAACCUAGUGGUAGAGCUACAAAUGCUUAGGUGAAUUAAUUUCUUAAUAGCAAUAAUUCUGUGAAACGAGCAGGAUGCCUUAUGCUUGUUUCCCUGCUUCUUACAUUUCAGUUUUGCUAUCCAGCUUCGUUUGUUUUCAACAGAGAAUGUAAACAGAGCGGGGGUUUAAAUUGCUCUGAAAAAUCCAUUUGGUGGAACUGUGCUCCAUAUAUGCUUGCCUAGUUGUAUUUACCCAAUUGUGUGAUUUGAAAAGCAAUGUACCUACUACUUUGAUGACCUGUUUCCUCCCAGCCAUGAAUAAUGGUAAUAUGUCCCCCUAAGUGAUAUUUCUUAGUUUUAUGGCAGGAAAAAAAAAAAGAAGGGACAGGAUUGCUUAGGACUGUGAUUGAUAUUGAUGAUGGGCUUGGAUGGUUUUUUUAGGAAAAAAGAAAUUAAAGCCUUGUAUCAGACCCAUGGCCCAAGAGUUUGUAAUGUGAGUUUUGCUGCCAUUAUAAAAAAAAAAAAUAGUAAAACAAAAGGAUCUAUUUGAUGCUCUUAUGCCUGUCUUCUUGUAAUCUCUGAUCCACUUUCUAGAGCUAACAAACGGAUGUAAAAGGAAAAAUGGGUGAGAUUAGGGAAAGUGUAUUUGAAAACACCCAAGACAUUUAAUUUAGACUAUUUUUGUCAUUUCUUAGUGACCAAAUUCAUCUUUAAUAAAUGAGCAAAAGCAUUGCAAGAGUAUUUUUCCAAAUCCAUGUUUGUUUAUUGCCUGAUGGUCUAGCAAUAGUGGUUUUCCCCAACUUUUAACAUUCAGCCACAAAAUUAGAUAAUUUCCCAAUCCAAAAAAUCAAAUUCUGUUUAUAUUCCUUUAUAUUCCUUUGAGAUCAUUUAGCAGCUGAAUGUUAACAAAUAAGUCAUUUGGUUAAUAGAUCUAUAUCUUGACCAUUUGAUCUCUGCUGUUAACUUUCCUGAAUAAAUAUUCAAAGUAUGGAUUGAUACUAAAUAGUGUUCUUACAAGAAUUAGUACUGAAACAGUACUAAGCAAUUAAAUGGAAGAAUUGUAUUUUCUCUCAGCCCUUAAUAUAAAAUUGUAUGGUACCGAUGAUCCAGCACAGUGCUGAGUGACUUAUUCCAUCUCUUUCUAUUUUCAUGCUUCUUCUGAACUAGAAUAGCAAAUAUCUUAGAUCUGGGGAUAUAUGAGCAACAUUCUCUUAUCAGGUUAAACUUGAAUUACUAGCUCUCUUCUUUAUUCUUUUUUCAUUGAGCUAAUUUAGGCAAUUGUCUUUUCUUGCUCACCAAAUUUUGCAUGAUAUUGUACAAAUGAAAUGUGCUCUUUAUAUAUUGGCUUUUUAAAUUACAGUGAAAGAUUUUAAAAUUAUAGUGUUGCACACUGGUACAAAGGAUAAAAAAUAUAUAAAUUAAAUUAGGGAAGAAAAGCCCCCCCCCAAAUCUUACUGAAAUACAACUCCCAUCCCAUGUAGAAUUCAACAUCUAACUUUCUACUUAUGCUGUAUCUACACUACUAACAGUAGUGUCCUUUAUUGAUGUUCUUUCCAAAAGAAGCAAAAAAUUAUGUACACAAUGGAAAUUACUUAUUGUCCUAUUGAUUACUAGACCUGUCUAUUUCCACAUUUAGAUUUCUGUUUUAAGCUGUAUAAAAUAAUUAUAGUCUACUAUGCAAGAAUAGUCCCAUGGCCAACUCUUAAUUCCAUAAUUAGUGAGAAGUUGCAUGAGAGGUUAAUACUCUCAUAGGCCCCGGAGUCUCCAAAAAAUGCACAAGAAUGGGGGUGUCCUUUCACAUUUUUGGGAGGCUCCGGAGGCUGUGGAAGAGCAUUCAAAGCUGCUUCAUGAUCUAUGACCUCGUGUGUCCUGAAGCAGCCUUAAAACUGCUGCAAGGGUCUGUAAACAAACCACCUGAAAGUAAGCGGUGCACAACAGAUUCAUUUACCAAGGCUUGCAUGCAAGGCAGCCUUUUUGAGUAGCAGCUGUGGUGCUAGUUGCAGUGAUGCUAAGCAGCAGAAGUUGAGCCCUAUACCUCAAGUCCAGCCUCAGCACUGCCACCGAAUGCUGCUGUUCAGGAUGGCCUAGACCUGUGAUGGCAAACCUAUGGAACACGUGCCACAGGUGGCACACGGAGCCAUAUCUGUGGGCACAUGAGCGUUGCCCUAGCUCGGCUCCAGUGCUCGUGUGUGCACCAGACAACUGAUUUUUGGGCCUUCCAGGCCCACUGUAACUCAGGAAAUGUGCCGUUUCUGGAAUCCGGGGGAGGUGGGAAAGGCUGUUUUCACCCUCCCCAGGCUCCAAGAAAGGCUCUGGAGCCUGGGGAAGGCACAAAAUGAACCUACCAGGCCCACCGGUAACCUUUUUGCCAUUGUGUGCCAAAAGCAGGGGGAGUACAGGGGGCAUUGAAUUAUAAGUGUGGGCAUGCACCCCACACACCCCCGGCGUAACUCCCACUUUUGGCAUGCAACAGCAAAAAGGUUAGCCAUCACUUGCCUAGACUGAUGGGAAGGCAGAUGAAUUGUUUUGUUUGGGAAGGGAAAUAAUAAGCCAUAGUCAAGUGUUUUAAUUUUUGACAUCCUGAGCCCAAAAGGCUUGCCAUUACUGCAGCAGGCCAAACUGAAUCUUCAUAGGGACAGACAAAUGUCAAAUAUUUUGUUGUCCAACUGCAGUUUUCUUCUUUUGGACAGUUUUUUGUGGAAGUACGGGAUUAAUUUUGACUUUUUAGGGCUUCUGAAAUUAAUAAGGAAUGAGCUUAUUUUAAAAAAAAACUCUAGUGUGGUAAAAUGAUAAGCGUGAACAUGCACUGAUUGCAAACAAGAGUGGCCAGUGUGAAGUUACAAUCAUUGUGAGGUUGUAAUUGAAGUGCUGGCCUGGCAUUGGAGAAUUCAGCCUCAGACACAGAAAUUCACUGGAUGCCUUUGGGCCAGUCACACUCAGCCUAAGUUAACUCAUAGUAGUUGUUAUGGGAAAAAAGGAAGUACUAUGUUAGUCUUGAAGGAAAAUAAGGGCUAUAAGUCAAUAGAAAUAGCACUUUGACUUCAAUAUCCUCCACAGUGCUUUACAGCACUCUAUAAAUGGUUUACAAAUAUCAACAUAUUGUUCCAACAAUCUGGGGCCUCACUUCACUGAUUUCAUAAGGAUAGAAAUCUGAGUCAACUGAGUCUGUCAGGAUCGAACUCCUGGCAGUGGGCAGAGUCAGCCUGCAAUACUGCAUUCUAAUCACUGCGCCAUCACGGCUCUUAAAACAAGGUGGAUUGAAUUGUAAAACAAAGAUGUGAACAGUAAAAAAGGUAAGGGGGUAACUAAGAAAGUUAUGGUUGGAUCGAGUAGAGGAGAAAUACAAAAAAUUGUGAAGAGGUGUAUAGGUAUGGUUCUGGAACAAUAGGUUUUCAGAAUAGAAAGGUAUUGAGUAGCACAAAUGGUUUUGGUACAAACUAGAUUUAAGAUUCUUUUUUUUUUUCUCUUCUCUGUCCUGUCUCAUUUAUUUUUGCUUUUCUUUUGCAUGUUUACUCUGAAAACAAAUGGCAUGAAAGUUGACUGUAAGCAUGUUGUGGGUGGCUAAAAGACAGGCUGAAGGACAGUGAAUAUUUAAUUAAAUCCUUCCAUUUAAAAACAGAGUCAGUGGUGAAAUCCAAUUUUUUUUAACUACCGGUUCUGUGGGCGUGGCUUGGUGGGCAUGAUGUGGCUUAGCGUGCGUGGCAGGGGAAGGAUACUGCAAAAUCUCCAUUCCCAUCCCACUACAGGGGAAGGAUACCUCAAAACCCCCAUUCCCUCCCCACUCCUGGGGGAAGGAUAUUGCAAAAUCUCCAUUCCCACCCCACUCUGGGGCCAGUCAGAGGUGGUAUUUGCUGGUUCUCCAAACUCGUCAAAAUUUCCGCUACCGGUUCUCCAGAACCUGUCAAAACCUGCUGGAUUUCACCCCUGCAUUCAGUCCUAGUCUGCAAGAAAGUUUGGGUCAUUUGCCCGGCUCUCUCUGCCCCUCCCACUCUCCUAAAGUUACUUUAACAAAUUUUUCAGGUAUAAUUAAAAUGUCACCAGGACAAGGCUCAAAUAACAUCCAGCAGGCUGGAUCCAACAUUUGGCAGGAUUGGCAAAGCUGAACAAAAACCUGGAUUGUUCAUUUUAACACUUUAGUAAGGCUUCUUUCUACAGAUGCCUCAUUUGAAUCAAUCCUUGCAAAUGGAUUUCUUUCCAAAAUGAGUCAGGCUGCGUUUGUCAGCCUGAGUCAGACCCACAGCUCAUUAGCCAGCCUCAUUAUGAUCAGAAAUAGGUUGUGAUGUAGGCUUUUUUUUUUAGGUAUCAGCGAGAGGGUGGUGGUGCCUGGUUUAGAGCUCUUUCACAAUAAUUUCUGCAUAUUUUCACCAUACCAUUUCCCCAAAAAUAAGAGCCUGUUAUAUUUUUUUGAACCCUGAAAUAAGCGCUUGGCCUUAUUGCCAUGCACUCAAAAGCCCAAUUGGGCUUAUUAUCAGGGGAUGUCUUAUUUUGGGGGAAACAGGGUAUAUCAUCAAAUCAAUCAGAGGUGGAAAACCAAAGCAAGUAUAGCAAUUAUCUUGGAGCGGUCCUAACUGAUGUAACAGAUAGAAACAGGCACUGAUCUAGAAGUAGACGGGCUGCUGGCUUAGACCUAGAAUGCCAAGACUUCAGUAAAAAAAUCUUUUGUUCCUUUGGACAAUAAACAAUAGAUUUAAUCUGUAACUUGAACAGGCUCAAGAAAGGCUGUGCUACCUUUUCUCAUAGAUUAAAUAGUUAUCCCAUCUAUAUUCUGUACAAUGAAUUAGUAGUCACACUGUUAGUGGCGAGAAAAGUAAGUUCUUCUUUUGUGAUUGUUUUUGUACACAGAAGGUUAUCCAGCAUUAAAACCCUUCCUGUCUCCAA